CACAGCCACGGCUUGUUUGGCCAUCACCAUCACCACGACAACACCUUCCUGAUGUCGACGGACAAGAACGACCCCGGCGUGCGCAUCACCCGCAUCGGCCUGCUCAGCAACCUCAGCAUGGCCAUUGCAAAGUUCAUUGGCGGCUGGGCCUUCAACUCCAAGGCCAUGAUUGCCGACGCCUGGCACAGCAUCGCCGAUCUGGCCUCGGAUAUUCUGACCCUUGCCACGGUGUCGUGGAGCCUUAAAUCGCCGACCGACCGAUUUCCCCUGGGCUUUGGCAAGGUUGAGAGCCUGGGCGCGCUCGGCGUGUCGGGCAUGCUGAUUGUGGGCGGCUUCUACAUGGGCUUCGAGAGCGCUGUGACGCUCUAUGGCCAUUGGAACCCGGAAGCUGCCCAUCAUGUGUUGGAACACGUCGGGCAUGGACAUGGACACUCUCACUCGCACAGUCACGCGGAUCUCGGCAUCCCCAGCUUACAUGCCGCCUGGCUGGCAGCGGGCACCAUUCUGAUUAAGGAAUGGCUAUACCAAGCCACCAUGAAGGUUGCGCGCGAACGCAAGUCGUCUGUCCUCGCCUCCAACGCCAUCCACCACCGCAUCGACAGCUUGACAGGUAUCGUGACGCUCUUUGCGAUUGUCGGGGCCAAUGUCAUUGAAAACGCCGCCUGGCUGGAUCCCGUCGGCGGUCUCCUCAUUUCCGCCAUGGUCCUCCACGCCGGCCUGGGUAACACGAAAUCCGCUUUCCUGGAGCUCAUUGACCAAAGCCUGGACGACGAAGUCAAGGCAUCGAUUCGCAAACACGCGCAUCGAGCAAUUGCAAAUGUCAGCGAAGGCCAUCGAGCCGAAUUGCGCGACAUCACUGGGACCAAGUCCGGGCCCAACUACCUGGUCGAUCUGGAGAUGGCAGUGCCCGGCGCAUGGACAAUUGACGACGUGAAGGACCUGGAAGAUGCGGUGCGCACUCAGGUAGGAGGCAAGGUGCGCGGUGUGAAGCGAAUCCGCGUGCGCUUUGUAUCGCGGGAUGCAGAGGUCAACAAGCGAUUCGACGAAUUCAUCCCAGGCAGCGCCCGAGCAAGUGUCUCGGAAGAGUCAGAGCGAGAGGAGGAAGAGCACGAUCACGACCACAAGCACAAACAUUAG